GCAGUUUAAUUAUGGAAAGAUUUUCCCUAGUUUUGCUACCUUUGUUUUCUUAUCUGAGCAUUGCUACCACACUCGACAUAAAAAGUGAUGAAUCUUCUCUUCUUGCUUUCAAAUCUCUCAUCACUUCCGAUAUUAUAAACCAAAAUUGGAGCACUCAAACCUCUGUUUGCUCAUGGAUUGGAGUCACUUGUGAUACCCGCGGAAGUAGGGUGACUCGAUUAAAUAUCUCGAACAUGGGAGUCGCAGGCAGCAUUGCACCCGAAAUCGGAAAUCUUGAUUGUCUAGUUUCUCUUGAUCUAAGUGGAAACAUUCUUCAUGGUCCUAUUGCUCCAUCAAUCUUCAAUCUAACGGUAAUUGAAUCAAUUAAUGUAUACAAUAAUACCUUAUCUGGUUCCCUUCCGGAAGACAUUUGCAGGCAAAAUAGACUUGGAAGACUCAAAAUGCUUGAUCUGACUUGGAACGAAUUCGUGGGAGGUAUACCAUUGAGUUUGGAUCAAUGUCCACAACUUGAGAGAAUUAUGUUUGGACUCAACAACUUCAGUGGACAUGUGCCCAAACAAAUUGGGAACAUAACAAAGCUUAUGGAAUUAAGCCUUGAUAUAAACUAUUUAGAAGGAGUUAUUCCACAAGAGAUUUGUCAUCUUGAUAAUUUAAGAAGGUUGGGCAUGUCGGACAAUGAGUUGUCCGGUCCUUUGCCUGCUGCCAUUGGAAAUAUGAAAGCAUUACAUGACUUGAACCUUGACCGCAAUGCUUUAACAGGCGCAAUACCUUCCACUAUUGGAAACCUAUCAAAGCUACAAUUCAUAAGUAUCAUGAACAAUGAAUUAAAUGGUCCAAUACCACCUACGAUUGGAAAUCUAUCAAAUUUGUUUGCUCUCUUCUUUGCAAACAACAAUUUAAAUGGCUUUAUUCCACAAGAGAUCCAUCAUCUUCAUCAUUUACGAGGAUUGAGCAUGAGUAAUAACAAUUUAUCAGGCUCUUUGCUGCCUGAUUUUUUCAACAUGUCUUCGUUGGAAGAUGUGUUUUUGGGAGGUAACAAACUUAGCGGGGUAUUGCCUUCGGAAAUUGGAAACAUGAAAGUGCUAAAGGCUUUGUACAUUGGAAACAAUUCUUUGAUUGGUCCAAUACCACCCACAAUUGGAAAUUUAUCAAAUUUGGUGACCUUAGAUCUCCACUCCAACAAUUUAAAUGGUCCAAUACCGUCCAGCAUUGGGAAUUUGGCAAGUUUACAAACUCUUCAACUAACAUUCAACAAAUUGAAUGGUUUUAUUCCACAAGAGAUUCAUCGUCUUCAUCGGUUACAAGUAUUGUCCAUGAGUUAUAACAAUUUGUCAGGCCCUCUGCCGCCUACCAUUUCCAACAUGUCUUCCUUAGAAUAUAUUCAGUUAGUAAAUAACAAACUUAGCGGAGCAUUGCCUUCGGAAAUUGGGAAUAUGAAAGCGCUUGAUAGUUUGUUCAUUGCGAACAACUCUUUGAUUGGUCCAAUACCAACCACCAUUGGAAAUUUAUCAAAGGUGACUUACGUAGUUCUCUCCUACAACAAUUUCGAUGGUCCAAUACCAUCCACUAUUGGGAAUCUACCCAAUUUGCAAUUUCUUGAUCUCACGUCCAACAAGUUAAAUGGUCCUAUACCAUCCACCAUUGGAAAUCUACCAACUUUGACUGAGGUACGUCUCCCUUUCAACAAAAUAAAUGGUCCAAUUCCAUUCACUAUUGGAAAUUUAUCAAAUUUGGAGUCUCUACAACUCAUGGCCAACAAAUUAAAUAGUGAGCUUCCAUCCUCUAUCUGCAAUCUAACAUCCUUAGAAGAUCUUAAUCUCUCAAAUAACAGUUUGAGAGAUACAAUUCCACAAUGCAUUGGAAACAUGAGUAAAUCUUUGGUCAUGUUACAUUUACAUGCGAAUACGUUUAGUGGUCUCAUUCCAUCAACAUUCAGCAAAGGGUGUAGUCUUGAGUCCAUCAAUUUGAGUGGUAAUAAAUUGCAAGGAAAAUUACCCGAAUCCUUAGCCAACUGCCAAAGUCUACAAGGCCUCGACAUUGGAAAUAAUAGAAUACAUGGCAAUUUUCCGUACUGGAUGGAAGCCCUUCCUCAACUUCGGGUGCUAGUCUUGAGGUCUAACGAUUUUGAUGGUAACAUCUCAUUGCCUUUACGGACUAAGCUUCCAUUUCCCGAGUUGCAAGUUUUGGACGUAUCUCAGAAUGCGUUUGUUGGCUCUCUACCUGAAAGCUAUAUCACAAAUUUCAAAGCAAUGGUAGACGUGGUCGAUGAAAAUGGGCCUCCGAUCUUUAAUGCAUUUCGAAAUUAUGUGGAGAUGACGAUCACCUUGAAAGGUCAGGAUCGAUUAUUAGAGAGAUUGUUGGAUGACUUUACUAUAAUUGACUUAUCUUGCAAUAGAUUUUCUAGGAGUAUUCCACAUUCAAUAGGAAAUCUUACGUAUCUCAAAUACUUGAACUUGUCACACAAUAACCUCAUAGGAAAUAUACCUUCAUCUCUUGCCAACAUGAGGGCACUUGAAUCUUUGGACUUGUCUUCGAACAAUCUGGUUGGAGUAAUUCCAAAUGAAAUGACAAGUUUGACAUUUCUUUCGACAUUAAAUCUUUCAGUGAAUCGUCUGGUGGGACGCAUACCACAGUCUAACCAGUUUUCCACAUUUGAGAAUGAUUCAUAUGUGGGAAACUUAGGGUUAUGUGGAGUUCCGUUGACAAAGAAAUGCGGAGAGGUGACUAGGCCAAAACAAGAAGAGGAAGAAGAUGAUGACGAUGAUGAAUUUAUAGAUGGAUUUGGGUGGAAAAGUGUAGUGAUGGGGUAUGGAUGUGGAUUCAUAGUUGGAAUUGGUAUGGGUUGUUGGAUUAUUCGAUAUGGAAAGCCAAGAUGGUUAGUUGAAUUCUUUUUUGGCGUUGGAUAUAAUAACAAGAAGAAAAGGAGACGUAACAGAGGAGCAACACCAACACCAACACCGAGGAGAAGAUGAUUCCAAGACAAAAAGCUAUUGUAUGAUUUUCUUGUUACUCUUUCUUGUGUUCGUUCUUAUUUUUAUUUUUAUUUUUAUUUUCUUGUUUGUGUCUGUUGUUAGUUUAUAAAAUGGAAAAUUAUAUAUUUACAUGAACUUUUGGAUUGUAGAAUUAUGAGGAUUUGAAACUGUAAUUCAGUUUCAGAUCAAAAUUUAGAAUUGAUG